AUGGAAUCAACCCAGGAGCAGGUUAAGUUAGCUGUUGUCAAGCAGGUCAUCGGCCGCACAGGCUCACGUGGUGGUGUUACACAAGUUCGCGUUGAAUUCCUUGAUGACUCCAACCGCUCCCUUGUUCGCAAUGUUAAGGGUGCUGUUCGCGAGGGCGACAUCCUUUCACUUCUCGAAACAGAGCGUGAAGCCCGCCGUCUUAGAUAA